AUGCCUCAACUUCUUCACUACCUCUCCGGUAAGGAUUGGAUUGCUCAAGGUCCUCAAUCUCCGGCACAAGAGUUCUUCAAGAACUAUGUCGAUACUGUCGAUGCAAAUGGCUUCAACUACGGUUCCGGUACAAAGUUCUACGCCAAAGAUGCCACGUUCCACAACCAAAACAAUGCGCAAUACAAUGGAGGGGACGAGAUGUGGGCGUGGAUGAAACAGCUCUUCGGAAAGUUUCGGCAGAUGAGACACGAUUUCAUUAAUGUGUACGAAAUCACAAACGAUGAUGGAACCACAACCAUUCUCUCCCAGAAUGUGCGGCAUAUCUGGAUGCCAGAUAACACGACAGACAGCCCGUCCGUCAGCAUUCCUCUGAGCUGGAUCUGUCGGAUUGGGCCGGCUGAUAUGGGGGGUACCUUGAAUGGCUUGCAAUACAAGGAGGUCUGGCUCUACUGGGACACCGCGUUACUUACGCCAUUCUUACCAAGUGAUGCCGUGGUCUUCAAAACAAACAAUAUCCUCCAGAAAGAAGAUGGCCCUGUUGUGUAA